ACACAACUACUACUACUUAUUAUUACAACAUAAUAACAGAAAACAUGUCUAAGGCUGUCGGAAUUGACUUAGGUACGACAUACUCAUGUGUCGCACAUUUCACAAACGAUCGUGUUGAGAUCAUUGCAAACGAUCAAGGUAACAGAACCACACCUUCCUAUGUCGCCUUUACAGACACGGAGAGAUUGAUUGGUGAUGCUGCUAAGAACCAGGCUGCAAUGAACCCAAAGAACACCGUGUUUGAUGCUAAGCGUUUGAUUGGUCGUAAGUUUGACGACCCAGAAGUUACAGAGGAUGCUAAGCACUACCCUUUCAAGAUUGUCGAACAGGGCGGUAAGCCAAAGAUUGAGGUUGAAUUCAAGGGUGAGACCAAGGUGUUCACCCCUGAGGAGAUCUCUUCAAUGGUUUUGACAAAGAUGAAGGAAACAGCUGAGAACUUUUUGGGUAGCGCCGUGAAGGAUGCCGUCAUCACGGUGCCGGCCUACUUUAACGAUUCUCAAAGACAAGCUACCAAAGAUGCCGGUUUGAUUGCUGGUUUGAACGUUCUUCGUAUCAUUAACGAACCAACUGCAGCAGCAAUUGCAUACGGUUUGGAUAAGAAGGGUCAAAGUGAACACAACGUCCUUAUCUUCGAUUUGGGUGGUGGUACUUUCGAUGUCUCAUUGCUUUCUAUUGAUGACGGUAUCUUUGAAGUUAAGGCAACCGCCGGUGAUACCCACUUGGGUGGUGAAGAUUUCGAUAACAAGCUUGUUGACUUCUUGGCCACUGAGUUCAAGAGAAAGAACAAAAAGGAUAUCACCUCAAACCAAAGAUCUUUGAGAAGAUUGAGAACCGCUGCAGAGAGAGCCAAGAGAACCUUGUCAUCUUCUGCACAAGCUUCAAUCGAGAUUGACUCAUUGUUCGAGGGUAUCGAUUUCUACACUUCUAUUACUAGAGCCAGAUUCGAAGAGUUAUGUUCCGAACAAUUCAGAUCAACUUUGGAGCCAGUGGAGAAGGUUUUGAAGGAUGCCAAGUUGGACAAAUCUCAGGUUGACGAGAUUGUCCUUGUUGGUGGUUCUACCAGAAUUCCAAAGAUUCAAAAAUUGGUUUCUGAUUUCUUCAACGGUAAGGAGCCAAACAAGUCCAUCAACCCUGAUGAGGCUGUUGCUUACGGUGCUGCUGUCCAAGCUGCUAUCAUCACUGGUGAUACCUCCAACACAAAGACCCAGGACUUGUUGCUUUUGGAUGUCGCUCCAUUAUCCCUUGGUAUUGAGACCGCUGGUGGUAUCAUGACCAAGUUGAUUCCAAGAAACUCCACCAUCCCAACAAAGAAGUCAGAGACUUUCUCUACCUAUGCUGAUAACCAACCAGGUGUGUUGAUUCAAGUGUUUGAAGGUGAGAGAACCAGAACCAAGGAUAACAACUUGUUGGGUAAGUUUGAGCUUUCUGGUAUUCCACCUGCACCAAGAGGUGUUCCACAGAUCGAGGUUACCUUUGACAUUGAUGCCAAUGGUAUCUUGAACGUAUCUGCUGUGGAGAAGGGUACUGGUAAGUCCAACAAGAUCACAAUCACCAACGACAAGGGUAGAUUGUCCAAGGAAGAUAUCGAGAGAAUGGUUUCCGAAGCUGAGAAGUUCAAAGCUGAGGAUGAAAAGGAAGCUGAGCGUGUUGCAUCAAAGAACGGAUUGGAGGCUUACGCUUACAGUUUGAAGAACACCAUUGGCGAAUCUGGUUUCAAGGAGAAGGUUCCAGCUGAAGACCUCGAGAAAUUGACCAAGGAAAUUGACAGCACCAUUACUUGGUUGGACGAGUCGCAAGCUGCUUCCACUGAAGAAUACAAGGAUAGACAAAAGGAGUUGGAAGGUGUUGCUAACCCAAUCAUGAAGACAUUCUACGAAGCUGGUGGUGCUCCAGGCGCCGGUGCCGGUGCUGCUCCAGGUGGGUUCCCAGGUGCCGCUGGUGGUGCUGCCCCAGGUGGUGAUUCUGGUCCAACCGUUGAGGAAGUUGAUUAAAACAAUCGUCCCUUCUUAUAACUGGUUUUUCUCACAUUUU